AUGGAAUUCGCAUAUAAUAAUAGCUAUCAGCCUGCCAUUGGCACAUUGCCAUUUGAGGCCCUAUAUGGAAAAAGUUGCAAGUCUCCAGUAUGCCAGGGUGAGGUUGGUGAGAGGAAGUUGUUAGGACCUGAAUUGGUGCAGACCACGAAUGAGGCAUUACAGAAGAUCAGGGCUUGUAUGCAACAAUCUCAGAGCAGACAGAAAAGUUAUGCCGAUGUAAGACAUAAGGACUUGGAAUUUGAGAUUGGUUUGAAAGUGUUCUUAAAAAGUGGCACCCAUGAAAGGUAUUAUGAGGUUUGGCAGGAAGGGAAGCUGAGUCUGAUGUUCAUUGGGCCUUUCGAGGUCUUGGAGAAGUAUGUGACAGAUCUAACCCACGUAGUCGACUACGAGCCUUUACAGUUGAAUGAUAACUUGAGCUACGAGGAGAAGCCCAUAGAGAUUCUUGCCAGAGAAGUAAAGACAUUGCGCCAUCGGAAAAUUGCUUUUGUGAGAGUUCUAUGGCAGAACCACACGGUCAGGGAAGCCACCUGUGAGCGAGAGGAUGAGAUGAAGGUCCAGUACUCGGAGCUUUUUCAAGGAUGA